CAUCAAACUGUGUGCUUCAACAAUUCCGUUGAUUUGCUUUUAAGAGACAUUUAUUAUAAUUGAACUAUCAUGGCGGAACAGCACUCGAAUGAAGGUUCAAGUACAAACAAUAUCUCUUGGGGGAGUUCAAAUUCAAGUGUGGAGCUCAAGAUUAAGACACUUGACUCUCAGAUCUUUAGUUUCCAAGUCGAAAAAAAUAUGCUGGUUUCACUAUUCAAGGAGAAAAUAGCUGAAAAAAUGGGCAUCCCAGUGGGUCAGCAACGGCUGAUUUUCAGGGGGAAGGUUUUGAAGGAUGAUCAUCCACUCUCUGAAUAUCAUGUUGAGAAUGGAGAUACAUUACACUUGGUUGAAAGGCAGCUGGCUCAACCACAAGUUUCAUCUAGUGCAGGUACUGGAGAGACAAAUGGGAAUAGCAACAAUCGAGGAAGUGACGGUAGUGCUGGCAGCGGCCGUAAUCGUGUUGGGCAAAUUUCGCACAGUGUAGUUCUUGGCACCUUAAAUUUUGGAGAUCAAGGUGAAGGUGUUGUUCCAGACAUGUCUCAGGUUAUUGGGGCAUUUUUGAACUCUAUUGGAGUUGGUGGCCAGCCCACAAUUAAUGUCUCUAAUAGUACACAAUCAUCAACCUCGGCUCCUCAAAGAAAUGAAACAGAUGGUUCACAUAGCAGCAUAAGUAAUCAGAGCCAAACAGGAAAUCAGACACAGUCAGCACAGUCACCUCCUGGUCAUACAUUUCAGUUCUCACCUCAAGUUAUGCAAAUUCCUACGACUGGAGCGGCAGUACCUCUUCCUUCAUUUCAUUCGCCUAUUCCUGAUUCUCUACGUACCCUUUCUGACUUUAUUACCCACAUGGAAGAGGCACUCUCACAAAAUGGAUAUCAGCCAAAUGCAUCUUCAGCCAACACAAGAAACAUACCAAGGGUAGAUCUGCCCUCUGAUAUGCGGGGUCUGGCAACACUUGAAGCAUUGAGCAUUGUUCUGCGACAUGUGGAGCAGCUUCUUGGCAAUCAUGCUAUCAAUGCAUUAUCUCAUAUUGCAGGGCGCUUGGAGCAAGAGAGAGAUUCUUCUGAUCCUACAGUAAGGGAGCAAAUUCAGAUAGAGUCAGCGCAAGUAGGCCAUGCAAUGCAACAUUUAGGUGCCCUUCUUUUAGAGCUUGGUCGUACAAUGUUGACGCUGCGAAUGGGACAGUCUCCUGUGCAAUCUUCAAUCAAUGCUGGGCCUGCAGUUUAUAUAUCUUCAUCAGGGCCAAAUCCCAUUAUGGUUCAGCCUUUUCCCAUUCAAACGAGUUCCAUGUUUAGCGGUUCAAAUCUUCCACCAAACCCAACAACUUUGGGUCCUGUAGGUAUUGGAAGUGCCCCAAGGCAUAUAAAUAUCCACAUUCAUGCUGGCACCUCGCUGGCACCCGUCAUUCCAGGGGUUGACAGCAGAGCAAGCACUGGGGAAGGGACCCAAGGAGAACGUAGUAGCAAUACUGGUUCUGGUUCAAUGAGGGUUUUGCCUGUGAGAAAUGUUGUUGCAGCAACUAUCCCAGCAGCACGUCCUGGCCCUUCAGGUUUUGCACUAAGUGCACAACCUGCCUUCUAUGUUCCUACUUCUCAGCCACCUAGUGACUCAUCAUUACCCAAUGUUCUCACUGAAUUGAAUUCACGAAUGAGAAAUUUUGUUGGUAAUGUCCAGGGAGAGAACCAAGUUGCAUCAGGUAACAAUUCUGGCAAUGAACCGCCCAACAAUGUGGCAGUUGGUGGUGCUGCUGAUCCUACUGUCACAUUGCCUGUGGCCACAGCUGAAAGGGAAGGUCAACAGCCACAACCUCAGAGUGCUGAAGCAAGCAAGAAUGAUAUGACUGCAGCUGUAGUAACCUCAAAGGAGGAUGCAUCAAGUUGCAUGGUGGGAGCUACUUCAUGUUCAAGUGGAGAACCGAUGGUAAAGUCAGAUGAUGCUACAGGAAGUGGUUCAGGAUCCAGCGGGAAUAGUACCAAACCUGUUCCACUUGGAUUGGGGCUGAGGGGUUUGGAGCGUAAGCGACGCAACAGGCAAUCACAAUCACCAGUCCAAAGUGCUGAUAGUGAGACAACCAGUGCUCCUCCAGAUCAGAACUUGAACACUAGGACUGUUGGCCAACAUCUUUUGCAAUCUUUUGCAUCUCGGAGCUCUGCUACAAAUAGGAUCCAGGCAAAUGAAGCACCAUCAAUUAACCCAGUUGUUGGAAAUAGUAGAUCAUCAGGAGGACAGGGUUUUGAUGAUCCACUUGAUACUGCAAAUGCUGUGUCUCAAGUUCUGCAAAGUCCUGCAUUGAAUGGCUUACUGGCUGGGUUUUCAGAGCAAACAGGUGUUGGUUCACCAGAUGUAUUGAGAAAUAUGUUGCAGCAACUCACUCAAAGCCCACAAAUCAUGAACACUGUUAGCCAAAUUGCUCAACAGGUAGAUAGCCAGGAUCUUGGAAACAUGUUUUCUGGACUAGGAGGAGGUCAAAGUGGUGGCAUUGAUCUGUCGCAGAUGGUCCAACAGAUGAUGCCUGUUGUAUCUCAGGCUCUUGGUCGUGGGCCAAAUGCACCUCAGCCUUUCCCAGUUGUGGAACCUGAAUCACAGACAGAUCAUGGUGGGAGGAGAUUAAGAGAAACCAACAAACCUAGCGAUCAGGAUUUUCAGAUUAACAUGCAACAAGUGGCUCAGAUGGUUGAACAAUGUGAUUCACCUGGAGAUAUCUUCCAUGCCGUUGUUGAGAGUGCAGUUCAGUUGCAUGGUGGUGGAAGGAAUCCUGAAGAUCUUCUUGAUGAGUUGUGCUGUGAUGAGGACCUUGCAAAUGAAUAUGCACAGAUGCUACAGCGUGACAUACAUCGACAUCUUGAAGGCAACUCCAGCAAGAAUGCCGAUUCCAACUAAUUUUCCAUCUUGACAAGUGUCAAGCUGGUAAGUCUUCAUUUGCAGAAAGAGUUGCUUGUAAUCCCGGCCUUCUUCAGUGGCAUGACAUUGCUAAUGCUUUCAAGGCUGUAAUUUGAGUCCUUGUACAAAUUAGGGUGCAUGAGGUUGAUCAUUAUUGUUAAUUUUUUUUGGUUUUUGUCAGAACAUGGGAUUAAUUAGAUCUACUGCGAAGUUAUAGAUAUAAUGUUUGUCACUUUACAGAUCACCUUAAAUAUACUCUUUGGUCAACCAUGUAUCACAUUGUGUAACUUAAUUGGUAAAAUGCAUGUUUUCUUAUUAUAUUUGCAAAAAAAAUGUGCAGUAUGG